AUGGGAUUCGGACAAGUCGUGAUUGGUCCACCUGGAUCCGGAAAAACAACAUAUUGUUGGGGAUUACAACAAUAUUUCAAAGCCAUUGGAAGAAAAUCAAUUAUAAUUAAUUUAGAUCCAGCCGUACUAGAAAUCCCAUAUGAAACAAGUAUAGAUAUUAGAGAAUUAAUUAAUUUAAAAGAAGUGAUGGUUUAUAAUCGAUUAGGACCGAAUGGAUCGAUUUUAUUUUGUUUAGAAUAUCUUGAAAAUCAUUUAGAUUGGUUAAUUGAAAAACUUAAGAUUAAUGAUGAUCAAGAAAUCGAUCCUUUUAUUGUACUUGAUUUACCUGGUCAAAUUGAACUUUCUACUGAUCAUCAAAGUCUUAAAAACAUUUUACAUAAAUUAGAAAAAUUAGAUUGGAGGCUAGCUGUUGUCCAAUUAACUGAUGCUACUCAUAUUGUGGAUGCAGCAAAAUACGUUUCAAUCGUUUUACUUAACUUAAAAGCUAUGCUUAAUUUAGGACUUCCUCAUAUCAAUGUCUUAAGUAAAAUCGAUCUUCUUAAAGGUCUCAAUGAAGAGUUUAAAUUAAAUUUAGAUUUUUAUACAGAUGUUCAAGACCUUUCAUAUCUUUUACCACUUCUAGAUCAACAAACUACUCCUAAAUUUAGUCAAUUGAAUCGUGCUAUGAUUGAUUUAAUUGAAGAUUUCAAUUUAGUAGGAUUCGAAACUUUAUACGUAGAAGAUAAAGCAUCAAUGACAAAACUAACUUUAGCAAUAGACAAAGCACUAGGCUAUUAUUCUUCAAGCACAUCUUCAUUUCUAAAAGAAACCGUACCAAAUCAAACUUCAUCAAACGAACCCACAAACCAAGACUCUAAUCAAUCAUUAGGAAUCACUCAUUUACCAAUCGAAAGUUUAUCAGAAAUUCAAGAAAGAUGGUUAGAUUAUCCUGAUGAGUAUGAAUCACAUCAACGUCAGAAAUGGUCAGAAGAAGGUGAUUUAGUAUUUAAGAAAGCUACUGAAAAAAGUCAGGCUGAUGCAAUUAUGAGAAAUCAGAAUGAAUGA